CUAGAAUUGUGUAUUUGUGUGUUGUGCAAACCAUUUUCUCAUUUUCGUAGAUAGAUAGAAAGAUAGAAUGGUCUGUAUGAAUAAACAGAGAGGAGGAGGCGGGCUCUGGUAAGAGCUGAAGCUAACGGUCCACCGCCUUCAUCUCACUGUAGAAAUCAGGAGGAGCGUAACUUACCGGGGGACGGUGGGGCAGUGGACUUAAGUUUGACCGGGGAACUGGAGUAGUGGACACUAAGUUCUCUAAGCUGCGGAGUGAAUGACGAGAAGACAGGACCGGGAUGUACAGUAAGAGAAAAAUGCUCUUCCUGCUGCCUGUCCUGGCUCUCCUGCCGAGCAGAGAAACGGUGGUCUGCGGAGACGUGGCUCAGAACAACGAGGACAGAUCAUGGAUCAGUUUCAGAGAUGAUGACUACUUCAAGAGCUGGAAACCUGCCAAGUCCCUAGACCAAGGUCCAAAUACCAGGAAAAAUCCCUGUCUGAAGGUGCACUGUCCUCCUCACAACGUUUGUGUUAUCCAUUAUGACCAGACAGCCAUCUGCACCAAUUACAAGCAGCCAGCUCACAGCGUGAAGCCCAGGAAUGGUAGCCUCGGCCAUAAACACGGACGAGCAGAUGGUGCUCGUGGGAAAUGUAGGCUGUGCUCUAAGCUUCAGUCCAGUCCUGUAUGUGGAUCUGAUGCACACUACUCCUCAACCAAAUGUAAGUUGGAGUUCCAGAGCUGCCUCUCUGGGAAGACAAUCUCAGUGAAAUGUGAUGGACUGUGUCCCUGUUUGAUUGGUCAAGAGCUCAGCAGUCCACCACACAAGACUGAGAAGGCUGCUUGUACUGACACAGAGCUCCACAGCCUGGCUUCCAGACUUAAGGACUGGUUCAAACUUCUUCACCUCGAUGCCAACAGAGACCUAAAGUCCUUUGACAGCUUCGACUCUGCCACUGAACACUUUGACACCAGCAUCUUGCCCAUCUGUAAGGACUCAGUGGGCUGGAUGUUCAACAAGCUAGACAUAAACUCUGACCUCCUGCUGGACCAAUCAGAGCUGAGCACCAUCUACUUGGACAAGUACGAGCUGUGCAUGAAGCCCCUCUUCAACUCCUGCGACUCCUUCAAGGACGGCAAGCUGUCUAACAACGAGUGGUGUUACUGCUUCCAGAAACCUGAGGGACUGCCUUGCCAAAGAAAAAAAUAUCUGAUCCAGACACAGAAUCGAAGGAGAUCCACAGGCUCCCAUAUCCCUCGCUGUACUGAGGAGGGCUACUUCAAACCGACCCAGUGUCACGGCAGCACUGGCCAGUGUUGGUGUGUGGACAGAUAUGGCAACGAGAUCGCUGGCUCCAGAAAAGAAGGCAACCCCAACUGUGUUGAGGAGCAGGAGGCGUCGGGGGAUUUUGGCAGUGGGGAUGAUGUCACUCUCUUUGUUGACCAAGAAGAGGAGUUAUCACAGAAUGAACGAGGCAAACAGAAACACCCCCAAGGAGCUAUUGAGGACAGUGAGGAUGUGGAGAAGGACAGUCAAACUGGAUAUGUUUGGUAGCUCUGCCAUUAGCCAGCCAGUGGCUCUGUUCUCUCAACACAGAUCUGAGGCUGUUUCAGCAGGUCCACAAAGUUAAGAAUGUGUAAUAAUCUUCCAUUCAUAUGAUGAGUGGAGGAGUGCUUUGUGGAAAGAGUGUGCAUAAACAGCCAGCAAAAAACACACCACCAAACAUGUCAAGAGGUGAAAAAAAGAUAAUAACUUCCACUGAGUUUAGUAUACUAAAACUGGUACUGAGUAGUGAACAUUUCUUUUCUUUUUCUGAGUUUAACUUCCACUUUGCUGCUCCACCAGUAGCCAUUUAACAAGUGUACCCAGUAUCUCCAUCUACCUUGGCUUCAGUCUAUAUUUUUGCAUCGAUCAUUUUGCCUAAAUGUCUCUAGAGUGACCCUCCUACGCUCUCUAGACCAACAUCUCUAACUUUCAACAAUUUUUUGUCCAAUUUUUCCCCACAUUCUGUUUUUGCCUCCUCACUUUGUUUAUGUGUCAUGUUCAGAUCCUCUGGUCUCAGUCAGUGAGGCCAGCAAUAUAAGUUCACUUAUACGUAUGGUAAUAAAUAUUAGCUGUUACUUCUAGGAAGACUAAAUGCUGGUUUGUGUUUUCUGUCUUCAGACACUCACUCUCUUUUGUAUUUCACAGCUGGGCUCCUUUUAAGGUUCUGCAGUGUUGAUGCACCACUGUCACACUCCUGAGCUAUGAAUGCUCGCUGUAUUUUUAUGCCUCCAUGCUGGCAAAGGAUGUGGAUGUGAAGGUAUUAUGUUUUCAGGUUGUCCGUCUGUCUGUCCAUCAAAGGUCACUGUGAGCAAGAAUUUACACGCUAAUUAACUGUGACUGGACUGGUUGGAAGAUGCAUACAACCUAGAGGAGGUAAUUCUGGUUGACAUCUCUGUUUUAGGUGUUUCAUGGUCAGCCUCUCUUUCUUUUUCUUCUUCUUUGGGAGUUCCACUUGAGGGAUUGUCUUGUGAUGUUUGAAGCUGGUUUGCAGAGUGUAUUUCCUAUUCAUCUUUAGUGUUGUUUGAGAAUCUAAGACUGACUUCACAUUGGUGUAUCCUGAUCUUGGUUGUGAUGGCCAGGUGUCAUGCGCUCUAGAUGUUUCACAGCCAUUGCCAGUCCCAAACCCAAAUGAGAAAAGAGUAGGUUGGCAAGCUACCCUUCCCCAUAAAAAUCUGAUGGCUACACAUACGUCAACACGAGCAAACCAAGAAACCUCCAUCAGAAAGACUUAUGACAGACAACAAAGAAGGAAAACACUUUACCUUGACGAUCAUCGUGAUUAUUUUGGCUGCUUCUCUCUGCAGUGCAAUAUGGCUACCUUCAUUGAGUUGUAAAAAUAUUCAUGAGUCAAAAUCGCCUUAUUUUUCUUGCUUUUUUCCCCAGUUUAUGUUCUUUGUACAAACAAGACAGUCUGCUGCCAAUUUUGAUCUGCUUAAAAAACCUUGAAAAAGCUGUUGUUCUCACACAGACCUAAAGGGAAAUAUCAGAAAGUGUUCAUCAGUCAAAACACAAAUGCUCAGUGCCAAAAGGAAAAAUCUAAGAGAGUAAGAAGGAUUGUUGUGGAAAUUUGAUUCCUGUUUGAAGCAAGUUCAAGUCUCUCUCUAGACUCUGCUGUUGCUGAUGUGCUAAAAGAAUCUCAAUCAUGUUUAUGUCGCUAUUAUAGCUAACUAACACAUCUAAGAAGAGGCCGUUAACUCUUAGGAGUCUCUGUUGUAAGGAACAUCAUAUUAAACUUAAAACAUCUAAUGCAGUACAGGCACACUGAUUUUUAAUCUCAGUCUUUUUCAUUUGUCUUUUUAUUAAAGAAUCUAAAUCACUGUCUUUAGUUCAAGUUAAGUUCACUAUGAAGUGAUGUGUCUGCUGAUAGCAAAUACAUUUGUAUCAGCAUUUCCUCAUUGUUCACACUCACUGGAAAAGUAAUGAAAUAUUUACUGAGUAGAAGUAGAGUCAGUAGAUAGAGCAGGAUUGGUGGUUCAACUCCCAGUUUCUCCUGACUACAUAUUGAAGUGUACACUGCCAUUGGUGUAUGUGAAUGAUUGAAUGAGAGGCUAAGCUUUACAUUGAAGUGCAGUAUAAAUGAUGUCCCUUUACUGCGUAGAAUUUCUCUUUCACUGAAAUUCAGCUCAAGCAAGAAAAUACUGCUUGUCUUGUAAUUUUAGAAGAGUAGCCUUCUAUCAAAAAGGGUACAUAAAUCAUUUUGUGCCUGUCACACAAAUGGAUUGAUUAAUGGACGCAGUGUUUAAAUAUUAGAUUAGUAGUUAUGGUAAAUCAGGCUAUAAAUAAAUCUUAUUCUCAGCUCUUGCUCCUAUCAGUCCAACAGAUUUAAAGUCUUCCUGCAAAAUUUUAAUUAGUCCUGAAGCUUAAUGAAGUGACUUUUAUAUUUUACACUCUUCCCUGUCCCAUCUAUCUCGGGUCUUUUUCUCCUUCCUGAUGAUCUUCUUCUUUCCUCUUCAGCUCCAAUCAGGUAUCGCUGACAUCUAUUACGAGGCACUCCUCUUUCAUUGGCUCAAUUCCAUCAAUUCCGCUUUUGUGUGUUUGAAUGUGAGCUAUCGAUUCACUCAUUUAACAGACAAAUAAGCUCAUUUCUCCUCUUCUCUGAGCUUCGCAGUCAAUCUGGUCAUCCCCUGUUUUCUCAAGAUGUCGUCAGUGGAAAACAGUGUCCUGCUGUCUGCUGCCUUAACUCUUUGGCUGUGAAGUGGUCCUGACUGGGGCUAUAGACACACAGAUGUACACAUUCAGAUUUAUACACAAACAUUACAGCUCUCACAAUACAAAAUGACCAUAUUUGCAUAUAUAUUUCUUGCUGCUGUCAAUGUAUAGAUUUUACUUUGUAAGACUAAAAUAUUGUGUCCAAGCUGAUAUAACGAAUUGCUGUGUGGCAUUGUCAAAUUUCUGGGAUGUGAAUCGGGUUGUGUGAAGUUGACGGUCCUCAGUGUGUAGCUCUUUGUCUCUCCAUGCAGGCACAGUGAAUACAUUUUUAACUCUUGUUUUUCAUCAUUUUGAAAUUCUAAUGAAAUGGUGAUGUUUUGAGCUGAAAAGCAUUUGGUUUUCACUGUGACAGUUCCACAAUGUUUGUCUGAAUAAAUUUAAGUCCCAUUCUGUGUGUUCAGUG